AUGUCUUUAAAACUGAUUUCUCUUCUUCUGACAACCCUCUUUACUACAUCUUGGAGUUCGCCUCCUACAGCAAUAUAUCUAGAAAAUCUUCUUGGUAUGUUUUACUUGCUACAAACACAGCUUUGUUCAGUAUCUGGAUUCACCGUGAAUUUCAUAUUAAUGAUUUUUAUUAUUCUAUUUUCAGCCCUCGCCACCCAAUUCGGAGACAAUUUUGAAGACAAGUUGAGUGAGAUCGAGGCAGUUCGACUGUCCGAAGACGAACUUUACAAGGCAUUUCCUGACAUUCCCAUCGUUUUGGCCUUCGAAACUUGGAAUAUUCAUCAAGUCCUAAUCCUUGCUGCUACAAACAACAUUAAAAACCGAGAGAUCUGGAAAUGGUACAACUCGUAUUACGACGUCGACCUGAUGACUCGCCGUGACGGAAGAACCGAACUGUUCUACUAUGUAGAGUAUGAGGAAGUCAAUGUUACUUCAUCAUCUCAGACUGCCGUUGAUCAGACUUUCACCUUGCUGAAUCUCGACUUGCAUGAUAGAGUUUUCGCCUAUUACCUUCCAAUUCAACGGACUGAUAUUAAACAUGCCGAGACUUUACUCACCCAACAUUACCCACAGAUUCGCCAAGUGUUCAAGGCCAAAUUGGAUGAGCUGAAAAUCAAAGGGCUGAAGAAGACGGCGCUGGAGGAUUAUACGGCUGUUUCGGAAGAGAUGGACACGCUCUGGCAAGCGGUUUUCGCAGCAGUUAAUAAAUCUGUCGCGGAGUCUGUGCAAGAUUUGUUUAGAUUCCAGAAUAAGGACUAUAGAAUUUGA